AUGGGCAAGAUCAUCUUCUAUGAGGAUAAGAACUACCAGGGUCGCAGGUAUGAGUGUGACAGCGACUGCUCUGACUUCCACUCCUACCUGAGUCACUGUAACUCCAUCCGCGUGGAAAGCGGGACAUGGGUGGUCUACGAGAGACCAAACUACCUCGGCUACCAGUACAUCCUGACCAGAGGCGAGUACCCCGAACACCAGCGGUGGAUGGGCCUCAACGACAGAGUCAGCUCUUGCAAGAUGAUUCAUUUUGCCAGCGAAGCCCCUUACAAGAUCCAGCUCUAUGUUAAAGGGGACUUUGCUGGCCAGGCGUUUGAGGCAUCCGAGGACUGUCCCUCAGUGCUGGAGAAGUUCCACUUGAGGGAGGUCCACUCCUGCAAGGUCCUGGGAGGCUGGUGGGUCUUCUUUGAACACCCCAACUACAAGGGCCGCCAGUACCUGCUGGGCAAGGGCGAGUACCACAGGCCAGUGGACUGGGGAGCUGUCUGCCCCACCGUGCAGUCCUUUAGAAGGCUAACUGAGUAG